AUGUCUUCUUUAACCGACAGCGGUUUUACUGAGGAAGAGCUUCGCGCAUCACUCGAUGCGAGUCUCAACUCCUUCCUAUUUGAGUUUUUUGUCCAUGGUGUUUACACCGGGAUAUAUGCCAUAUCCAUACAGGUGUUAGCUACAAAUAUCACAUCCAGAACGCGGGUGUGCAUGUGCUACGUCAAUACAAUCCUGUACGUUCUCUGUACGAUCCAGUUCGCUGCUUUCUGGGUUGAACUGCGUACGGCCUUUGUCCAGGGGACAUCUUUGCAGUCACAAUACGAGCUGAUGCUUGACGGCGCUCCCGAGUAUCUGAGGAUCAUGAGGUCUGUAGGUUCAUCUCUGAAUAUCGUCCUCGCCGACUGCACCCUUAUUUGGCGUUGUUGGGUUGUUUGGGAGCACGACUGGAGAGUAGUGGCCAUACCGAUCUUAUUAUUUGCAAGCGGGAUACUCUGCGGCAUCGAGCUUGACAUUCAUCAAUACAGAGUGUCCGAGUUGAUUGACGCCGUUCAAAAGAAAUGGGCCGUGGCUACCAUCACCAUGACAUUGGCAGUCAAUAUUAUAUGCACCGCACUCAUCAUUGCCCGUAUCGUGUCGGUUACCAGGAGACAGCGGGGCGUCAUUGGUAGCAUCCGGGAUUACCGCGGUGCCAUCGAGAUUCUCGUGGAGUCAGCCGCACUGUACACCCUCAGCUAUAUGGUACUCAUGGUAUUAUAUCCUCUGAACGGUGUAGGGUAUAUGUACGCUGAGAUGUUGGUUUACCCUAUCACGGGUAUCGCACCUACCUUGAUCAUGGCCCGAGUUGCCUCCGGCGAAGCUCGCCCGGAAGAGUCUGUGCAUGGGAUACAAUCUUCUUUGCGCUUUCAGACGUCAUCAAGCGGGAGUAGCACUUCAACAGUAGUGGGCGGGUUCGAGGAAGAUAUGAUUAACGGGGAUUCCGCCUGUGGGAAAUAUUCACAGGUUGAAGGGCAUGAGACGUCCCGUAUCAUUGAAGAAGUAUGA